GCCCCGACUGUAUUGGUCGAUUGGAACGGAUACGGAAGGCAUGGGCGUGAAGACCGACAGCAGUUCCUGCCCGUGUUGGUCAGCGCUCGCUGCCGGUGUCGCCGCGGAGGUGGUCCGUGCGAGACAGAGGCAUGCUCAUGUGCGGCUGUGUUUGGUUUUGGGCAACGUUGGGUUGGUUGCUGUGCAUCGUACCUCAGGGUGUUUCCCGUACCCUUGGCGGGAGUCCAUCGCAUCGGUACGAUCAAAACCUAGAGUUCCGGCGCGUAGAGGAAGAAGCAAGGCAUGACACACUCCGUAGCCAUUGAGGCUCAAACCUCUUAUCGUGGGAGCGUAAGACCCGGGUUUGCCAGGACUCGGGUUCGCCAUCGUUUUUUGACGACCGCGAUUCGGAUUUUGACGAGUAAGGAGUUUCGUGGGAUGUCUGCAGCGGGAGGCCUCGUCAAAAUGCAGGCUCGGCCUCGUCAUUUGUUUGACGACCUCGUCGGGGAUGUCCGAGUCCCCUGUACCCGGGUCUUACGCCCCCCUGAUCUUGGCGCAAGCAUGACAUUGUAAGUUGCUCGAGUGUGUGCGAGGGAUGCUGGACAAGCCGUAUCGUACACGGGGGGAUGUUCGUUGUGCUGGCAUACCUUUUCUUUGCCAGCGCAACAGGCGCCGCCUUCAGUGAGAAGGAAGCUACGUUCUACAUGCAUUUGAAUGCAAUUUCUAUGUGUUCGCCGGAUCAUAUUGCAUCGUGGGAUUGUGGCAUCGAUUGCGACGCAUCAUCAGCGAAUAUAGUUAAUGGCAGUCUCCGCAUUCUGGGUCCAAGUACUAUCUACCAUGCGCGAGGGUUUGUUAUACAGCGUCAACGUGCCGAGCCCCAGAGCGCAAAGGAGUGCAUUGCAAUAUUCGCUGGGACUUCGUUUUACGAUAUCCAAAACAUCCGAGCUGACGUGGAGGCGUGGCUCACGCCAUGGCCUUCGUGGCAAAUCCAUACAAGAAACGGCACUCAUAAAAGUUGGUGCCCAUCAUGCAAAGUUCACCAUGGAUUCGCGUCUGCGUACGGCGAGCUACGAGAGUCUCUGUUCCAUCAUCUACAGGACUUGCAAUGCGGUGCAGUUGCCUUCACGGGACACUCCUUCGGGGCAGCGCUCGCAACGCUGGCAUCUUUCGAAUUCCGUGGCUGCUGCAGUUUUAUGCGGGUGUCUGGUGUAUGGACUUUUGCUUCGCCACACGUUGGCAACUCAGCGUUCGUAUCGGCUUACAGCAAGUUAUCUAUAGAAGAGUUCCCGCCCAUGUGGCGCGUUGUGCGCCAGUAUGACUUGAUUCCGCAGUUGCCGCCGUCGUGGCUCGGCUUCGAACACGCCCCAGUACAGGUGUGUUAUUCGACGCCUGCAGCCAAUGUUUCAGAUGUUUACAUUUGCACCGAUCCACAAGCUUGCGCCGCAUAUUCUCAUUGCAGAUACGCAUACGGCUCUAUGGAGUAUCACCAUGGUUACUUUGGAGUUCCUCGCACAGACGAGGAUCAGGCGCCAGAGUCGUGCAUUCCCUUCGAGGAGCUGCAACGCAAACGAGGCAGGUGGUUCCAAUUUCUCCUCAUUGUAGUCGUGCUAUUCAUGUGUAUUGUUGUCUGCUUGAGUGUUCUAUGUGUCUGGUGUUGUCGAGAUCCUGAUGCGUCUGGAUGUCAGGAUGAAGGCCACGAAUGGUGUGACAGCAGUGUAACAUCUUCAGAUGGCACUGAUACAUCUGAGAUGCUGACGCUGAUGCGAGAAGACAGCGGCUUAGAUGCAGACGACGUCGGGGAAAAUUCAUGCUCAAAUCCUUCGAACCUACAGUGCAUCUGCUGAAGCGAGGCGUCUAGGACAGCUGGGCAUACAGAGCACCUGGAGUGGCUCGGGGAAUGGGCUCGAACCCCCCCAACAAAAAACAAAUAGGGCUGACCUCGGGAAAGGGUUGGGCAUAUUCGGGCUCAGAGGUUUGCAUAGCCACCGUCUGCCGGGGUCUCCGAAGGCGGGCUCCCAGGCGGUGGCGACGGACACCUCUCCGCCGCGCACACCGAGGCCGGCGUGAGCUCCUGUCCUCUCGGAGCAGGGCUCGCUGUCGGUGCUGUUGAUUUGUGUUUCGCUGCGGAGCUGGAGAGUCCAGUCGAGGCGUUGACCUAAGGAACCCCACAUAGGGAACGAGAAGGGUUCCUUCUUCAGCGCCCCGACUGUACUGCACGCGGGCGCAAGCGGUUCGUCGACCACCGUCAGUCGACCCUCCAUCUCCUUCUGCGACGCAGCCAUGCUGUCGUGCUAUGCACUGCUGGAGGGUGGAGUUCUGAAUCUUUUAAGGCCUAUCUGAAUAGUCUGCACGCGGGCACGCGCGAGUUGGCGGCCGCCAUUCGUUGCCUCUUGUCAUGCCGUGGCUCGGAGGUCGGGGUUACCCAUUCGUCCUUGCUUGUGAUUAGGAAAAACAUGUCGUGGAUUUGAGGCAGAAGGUCGUCUCCACAUCAGCGGCCUGCUGCUUUAGGACAACUCUUGCUCUGGAGUUCGGUGCCACUUACUUCC